UAAAUUCUUUUUAAAUAGAAAUUAAAUUUGAAGAGUAUAGGCCAAUAAAUACAUAAUUUAAAAUAGUAAAUCAAUUUAUCAAAACAGGCACAUAUACUCAAUAAAAUAUUUUCAACAAAGUGGUUUGAAUAUAAAAUAAUGUCAAUUUAACAAACUACAAGAUGUAAUUGUCAUGAUACAAUAAUUAAAUUUUUGCAAACAGAGAAUAAUCAAUUAAAAGAAUAGAACAAAGAUUAUUGUGAACUUGUUCGCUUAAAUAAAGAAAUGAUCCGUAAUUUACUCUAGAUUAAUCAUGGUUCAAAUUAAGAGCAAUAAUAGUUAAUUACCUAAAAUAGUUAAUUAUAUGGUGCGGCUAACUAAAUGAAUGUGCUUUAAAAUAAUAAUUAGAACUUAUAAAUUGGGAAUAUAAAUAAUUAAAAUGCCAAUACCGUUUGUUAAUAAUAAAACAAUACUGUAGCUUAUGCAAAAGAAAAUCUAAGCAAUGCUACGAAUUAGAUAUAGCUUUAAAGUAGUUAAAGGUAUGUUCAAGCCUAAUCGAUAUCUUCAAUUUAAUCUAUGAGAUUCAAUACUUAAAAAGAAAGAACCACCUAAACAGCUAAAGGUGAAAGGACAACAGCUUGCACUACAACUAAAUCAGAAAGCAGUAAUAAUGGUAGAGUUUAUGAGAUUUUAUUUGCUUAGAUUGCUGAAGAAAAUAAUUCUUUAUACCAAAUAAUACAGAGAAUUAGUAAAUAAAGAGACACAGCUUAGAGUAAAGUGCUUAUAAAUGAGUAAAUUGCCGAAGGCAUAGAAAAUCAAGAGAAAGAAUUAAUCAAUGAAUAUUCUGAUAAGUUAGUUAAUCUGAAUCGUAUCAUUUAAGAAUAGUAAAAUUAAAUUCAAAUUCUCCUCAAUUAAAAUCCUAAGAGUUUAAGCAUGCCUGGUACUUAUAUAAGAUAUAGAGAAAUUGUACUAGCAAAAGACUCAGAAUUAAGAAUUAAUAAUAGACUUGAAAGCUCAUUGACCCUUGUAAAGUCUCUUUAAGAAAAAGUGUAAAUUCUCGAAGAAGAAAAAAAAGAAUUAAUAUUUAUUAAUGGAGUUGUCUGUUAAGAGCUAGAAAAAAUCAGAAAAUAGAACUUUUGUUAUCAGAAUGCAUUUUAAAAUUAAGGAUAAAUAAAUAAUCAAAGCUAUUAAGACAAUGAAAUAUGUAUUUAAUAUGGUUAAGAGUAGCAAUUUUAAGUUAACAAGAAACAAUAGAGCAUAUCAUCACUAAGAGAUAUAGAUAACUAAGAUAAGGCGAUUAAUAAGAUCAGUAAAGUGAUACACAUGGAGACAGGAGAGAGUGAAGAAUUGUUUAUUCCUGAUGUUAUUCCAGACAGAGUUCAAUUAAAUAAAGACGAAUAAAAUUUAAAUAAAGUAAAGAUACCAUAGCUUGAUUUAUCCAAAGCUAAAAAGAUCCAAGAAAUAAAUUUGCAAAGACAACUUGAAUAGCUAAAACAAAAAGAAUAAAUGUAAGCUGCUUAACAGCUAAAAUAACAAAUUUCAAAAGAUAACUAAAGUGAUAAUUCUAAUAAUGCAAAAAAUAUUGAUCAAUCUUAACAAAAAAUAAAUGAACUGGAUAUGAAAUUACUUGAGAAAUACAAAAUAGUUGAAAAUGAAAUGUUUAAGGCUAGAGCGUUUUUAGAAGAAGAAAUUAUAAAGUAGCAAUCAAUUUAAAAAUGCUUAGACGAAUCAUAAAGAAAAAUAAAUGAACUAGAUACUGUAAAUAAAACUCUGAUUGAGUCAAACUUGCUAUUUUAGCAGAAAUGGAAGAGACUGUGGGAUUCAUAUAUGUUUUAUAGAGAAUAUUAUAUGAGAGAUAGUAGAAAGACUUGCAAGCAAAAAAGAAAUUAAAGCUCAGAUUCAAAUAUAAAGUUUAGCAAUUAGGUAUAAAGCAAAGAAAGUUAAAUGUAAUUGUAGCCAAAUUUUUUGUUUGCAACUCAGAACUACGAGUAUCAAUACUGUAAAGGAAAUAAUAUACAAUAAAUUAAUGAUUAUUACUCUCCAGAGUCUUUAUGCAGGCAAGUUAAUAAAAAAAAGUAACAAAUUUACAUGAUACAAUCUCCCAAGCAAUUCAACUAAAAUGUUUGCUUAGCUUAAUAAAAUACUUUCCAUUCUCCUUCAUAAGCGAAUGAUAAGUAAUAAGUGGAAUCAGAAUAUAUUAAUUAACCUUUGAUACAACCUAUUACAGAAAGCUAAUUACUUGAGAUGGCUUCAGAAUACUUUUUAUCUCAACGAUAAAAAAAAGUUCCAGCAAUAUAUGAUUAAUCAAUUUAUUAAAAUAAUUAAAACUAAACUGAAAAUAAGGCUGCAAUUGUGAACAUGGCCUUAGAACUCUAUUUAGAUACAUAAAGAAGAUCAAUAUUAUAAAAAUUAUCAGAAGGUAAAAGAUUUAGAAAGAGAGCCAAGAGUCUCGACUUUGUAUAAAAAGUUAACACUUCAUAAUUUGAGGAUAGUGGGAAAAAAUAUUAUAAUCUAAAGAAUUUAAAACAAAAUGCUACUAAAAUAAGAUUUCCUCAUAAAUAAAUAUAGCAUGAUUCAUUUUAAAAUAAUUAGAACUCAAUUUAAGAAUUUGAAAAAUAAAACAAAGAUUAAUUAAAUGGAAUCAAUCAUAUCCAUCAUUGCUGCUUUUGUAAUGAAAAUAUGUAGCUUUAAUGUCAUAAUAUCCAAAAAAACUAAUAAAAAGUAAGAAAUAAUGAAGAUUUUGAAUGUUUUGAUGAGCUAAUUGAACAAAUAAAUGAAUAAGAAAAAAUAAUUCCUAAAAAUUUUGAUCAUUUAUCAUUUGGAAAGAAUAAUAAUCAACAGAAAAAAGAAUAAAUUUUGGUUUAAAACAAUUACUAAUUUAAUGAAGAAAAAAAUAAAAUUAUAUAUGAAAGUCUAAAUUAAAUUCAAAACUAGCAAGAAGUAAUAGAAAAAGGAGUAUAAAUGUUUUCAGGUGACAUAUUAACAAGCAUAGAUAAUAUAAAUGUUUCACCUGAUGAGGUACGAAUUACUAUUAUGCCUAACCAUUAUAAUAAAUAUUUUAAGACUGACAUAGACUUUUAAUAAAAAAAUAACUUUGAUUAUCUUUAAGAUGAAUUAGAGAAUUUGAAUGAAACAAUUCACUCUAAUGAUAAAUCUCAAAUAGAAAUUCCUAAAAAUUAAAAUUUAAACCAAGAUUAUCAAAACCCUUACUUGAUAAAUGUAAUUCAGCCUUUAUCUAAUUUAGAAAAUUAGAUUAGUGGAAGGAACUCUUCUCAUGGUAGCAUUAUAAAUUAAUAAAUUCCAGCAUCAAACUAAGAGUUUUAGAAUAGUAGUUUUUCUAAACCUACUAAUUCUCAAUAAAAUAUAAAUAAUUAAUAGACAGUGUAUGAGAAUAAUAAUGGAUAAAUGAUUCAAAAUAAAUAUAAUAAAGAUAUUAGUGCUAAUAUUUAAAACUAAUCUCCUUCUGAAAAAUUUACCUCGAGUAUGUAGGAUUAAACUGAUUAGUGCUAUGCCAAUAAUAGUUUUAACAAUUCUAAUGGCUCUGGUGAUAAAAGUGAAAUCCUCCAAGAAAAUAAAUUUUCAAAUAGUAUUCCAUUCCAUCCCUUAGAUUCGAACAAGAUUUAAGAAUAUAGGCAUCACUUUGAUGGAUAAUAGAACGAUUAAUAAUAUAAUAAUUAAGUUAAUUAUUAGAUAGCUGAUACCACAAUCAUCAAAGGCUAAGAGUCAAUAAAUAAGUAAAUUAAUUAAGGUAAUCAAAAAAAUCAAGAAAUAACCAUAAAUAGAGGAGGAAUAAUUUAAGAGAACUAAAGUAAUAGUUAUAAUGAUAAUAAUAAUUAAUAUAAUAUUGCAUAAAACGAUAACAAAAAUAUCCAAGUAUCUGAUCUCUAACUUAUACUAUUUGACUGA